AUACUUCUAUUUAAUUAAACUACACACACUAACUCUCUUUAGCAUUACUUCCUUCAUGGCCAAACCCUCCGAGCCAACCAGAGACUCCCACGUGGCAGUUCUCGCUUUCCCCUUCGGCACUCAUGCAGCUCCUCUCCUAGCCAUCACGUGCCGUCUCGCCACCGCUGCUCCCUCCACUGUCUUCUCCUUCUUCAACACCGCACGAUCCAACUCGUCGUUACCCUCCUCUGAUCUUCCCGCGAACAUUCGAGUCCACAACGUCGCUGACGGUGUUCCUGAGGGAUACAUGUUGACGGGGAAUCCACAGGAAGCGGUUGAGCUGUUUCUUGAAGCGGCACCGGAGAUUUUCCGGAGAAAAAUCAAGGCGGCGGAGACGGAAGUUGGUAGGAAAGUCAAGUGCAUCCUUACGGAUGCGUUCCUCUGGUUCGCAGCGGAGACGGCGGCGGCGGAGAUGAAAGCGUCGUGGGUUGCGUACUAUGGAGGCGGAGCAAACUCGCUCACUGCUCAUCUCUAUACAGAUGUCAUCAGAGAAAACGUCGGUGUCAAAGAUGAGCGUAUGGAGGAGACAUUAGGGUUUAUUUCAGGAAUGGAGAAGAUCAGAGUCAAAGACACACCAGAAGGAGUUGUGUUUGGGAACUUAGACUCUGUUUUUUCUAAAACGUUGCACCAAAUGGGUCGUGCUUUACCUCGUGCCAAAGCUGUUUUCAUAAAUUCCUUUGAAGAAUUGGAUCCUACAUUUACAAAUGAUUUCAGUUCGAAAUUCAAACGUUACCUAAGCAUCGGUCCUCUCGCUUUAUUAUCUUCUCCAUCGCAAACAUCCACACUAGUGCAUGAUCCUCACGGUUGCUUGGCUUGGAUCGAGAAGCGAUCCCCUGCAUCUGUAGCGUACAUUGCCUUCGGUAGAGUCGCGACACCGCCUCCUGGAGAGCUUGGGGCGAUAGCACAAGGAUUGGAAUCGAGUAAAGUGCCUUUUAUUUGGUCGCUCCAAGAGAAAAACAUGGUUCAUUUACCAAAAGGGUUUUUGGAUCGGACAAGAAAGCAAGGGAUGGUGGUCCCAUGGGCACCACAAGUGGAGCUGCUAAACCAUGAAGCAACGGGUGUCUUUGUGUCGCAUGGUGGGUGGAACUCAGUGUUGGAGAGUGUGUCGGCAGGUGUACCGAUGAUUUGCAGACCGAUUUUCGGGGAUCAUGCGGUCAAUGCAAGAUCUGUGGAGGCUGUGUGGGAAAUUGGAAUGACGAUUAUUGAUGGAGUUUUCACAAAGGAUGGAUUUAAGGAGAGUUUGGAUCGGGUUUUGGUUCAAGAUGAUGGCAAGAAGAUGAAGGGUAAUGCUAAGAAACUGAAAGAACUAGCGCAUGAAGCUGUCACUACCAAAGGAAGCUCCUUCGAGAAUUUCGCAGGAUUGUUGGACGAGGUUGUGAAAGUUUUAAUUUAAACUGAGUUGGAUAAAGAUUAAUAAACAACAGCUACUAGU